AUGGUUUUCGUCCGAGCUGCGAUAUGCUACCAUUGCUUACGCGCUCCCCGGCGGCGGCGGCGGCGUUUCGCGGGCGCGGAGCGCGGCUCGCGCGUAUCCCAGGGAUGUCUCAAUCUGCACUGCUGCCGGGUGCGAUUUUCCAAGAACGCGCCUCAUUAUCUGUACCACGUCCUCGAGCGUCGACACUGCCUCGCGGAGAUCGUCGAGCGUGGCGUCGGGGUCAUUGUAGAGCACUGCCGCGUAAUUCGCCCUCAUUGCGAACGUGUGAACAGCGGCAACCGCGCGCGGCUGCUCGGGGCGGCGCUGUCGGCGAAGCGUCCCGAUUUGUUCGACGUGAGGUGUUCGCAGAUUGUUGAUCCUCCGAUAAACCACACCUGCGUUUUUGGGGAGGAGCGGGCCUGGUUGGACGAGGCGUCUUCCCUGGUCGUGAGGUACCCGGAUCAGGUGUCUACAAACGAAUGGUCCGACGCCCUGGACUACGCGUCGUACAAGUACGUGCUCAAUUUACCGUAUGUGUAUCAGCGUCCUUUCCCUUGAUACGCCAUUGAUUGUACGCAUAUAGGGGCCAGACCGGCGGCAGCUACUCGCGCAACCUGAACCACCUCUGGGCGACGGGCGCCAUCGUACUCCUAUGGGACACGCCAAUCGUCGAGUGGUACUAUCCAGGGUUGACAGAGGGCGCGACGCACCUGGUGGUAAACGCGGCGUCGGCGCCGGAGGCCCUGGACAAGGCGAACGCCGAUCCGGACGCCCUGGAGGCUCUCAGAGCUGGCGCUCGAAAAGUCGACGACGAGCACGUCUGCGCGUCUUGUCUGGCGGACUACUUCCGCCGCGUCUUCGCGGCCAUCCGGGAACGCGUGUCCUAUCACCUGGUGCUCGACGACCCUUCUUCAGUCUUACGGCUCGCUGAGAGUGAAGGCGCCUGCGACGCAUUCUACGAGGCCGUGGUGGUGCGGCGCGUCGAGGCUGAGGGUGUCUACCACGACAGGGUGCGGCGGGGGUGCAAUCUAUGCGCCGCGCUUCGCGGUGAGGCUUGUCGCGUCGAGGGCGUAAAUUAACACGAAUAGCUUAGUGAGGUGCCCCCGACUCGCGGAUCUAGGUCGUCGCGCGGGGAACGGCAUGAUGACGGGCAGC